UUGGGCACAGACGAGUCCGCACAAGUGCCUGCUAAUUUGGUCGCGACCCGGUUACGAGAGCCGCGCAGAAAGUUUUGGAGGUUUGGGAAGGAGGGUGGUGGCCGGGCUUCCGCCGCUGGUGGCGAACUGCCUGUUGCGAGCGCGCCUCCACGUGGGCGCGCCCGCCAGGCCGUCAGGUCGCGGGCCUAAGAGACCACGCUCUACAGCUCGGAGAACAACAUGAAAGUUCAGGUUUGCAUUUCUUUAUUGCUUUGUCUUGAAGACAGAACGAUGCCAAAGAAAGCAAAGCCUGCAGGGAGUGGGAAGGAAGAGGGGCCGGUUCCCUGUAAGCAGAUGAAGGUAGAAGCAGCUGGGGGGCCUUCAGCUUUAAACUUUGACAGUCCCAGUAGUCUCUUUGAAAGUUUAAUCUCGCCCAUCAAGACAGAGACUUUUUUCAAGGAAUUCUGGGAGCAGAAGCCCCUUCUCAUUCAGAGAGAUGACCCCGCACUAGCCACAUACUAUGGGUCCCUGUUCAAGCUAACAGAUCUGAAGAGUCUGUGCAGCCGGGGAAUGUACUAUGGAAGAGACGUGAAUGUCUGCCGGUGUGUCAAUGGGAAGAAGAAGGUUUUAAAUAAAGAUGGCAAAGCACACUUUCUUCAGCUGCGAAAAGAUUUUGAUCAGAAAAGGGCAACGAUUCAGUUUCACCAACCUCAGAGAUUUAAGGAUGAGCUUUGGAGGAUCCAGGAGAAGCUGGAAUGUUACUUUGGCUCCUUGGUUGGCUCGAAUGUGUACAUAACUCCCGCAGGAUCUCAGGGCCUACCGCCCCAUUAUGAUGACGUCGAGGUUUUCAUCCUGCAGCUGGAGGGAGAGAAACACUGGCGCCUCUACCACCCCACUGUGCCCCUGGCACGAGAAUACAGCGUGGAGGCCGAGGAAAGGAUCGGCAGGCCGGUGCAUGAGUUCAUGCUGAAGCCGGGUGAUUUGUUGUACUUUCCCAGAGGAACCAUUCAUCAAGCGGAUACUCCUGCGGGGCUGGCCCACUCGACUCACGUGACCAUCAGCACCUACCAGAACAAUUCAUGGGGAGAUUUCCUUUUGGAUACCAUCUCGGGGCUUGUAUUUGAUACCGCAAAGGAAGACGUGGAAUUACGGGCCGGCAUACCCCGGCAGCUGCUCCUGGUGGAAUCCACAACUGUUGCAACAAGACGAUUAAGUGGCUUCCUGAGGACGCUUGCGGACCGGCUGGAGGGCACCAAAGAACUGCUUUCCUCAGACAUGAAGAAGGAUUUUAUUAUGCACAGACUCCCCCCUUACUCUGCGGGAGAUGGGGCAGAGCUGUCAACACCAGGUGGAAAGUUACCGAGGUUGGACAGUGUAGUGAGACUGCAGUUUAAAGACCACAUUGUCCUCACCGUACUGCCAGAUCAGGAUCAAUCUGAUGAAGCUCAAGAAAAGAUGGUGUACAUCUAUCAUUCCUUAAAGAAUAGGAGAGAGACACACAUGAUGGGGAAUGAGGAGGAAACAGAGUCUCAUGGACUUCGCUUUCCUUUGUCACAUUUGGAUGCACUGAAGCAAAUUUGGAACAGUUCCACUAUUUCUGUCAAGGACCUGAAACUUACUACAGACGAGGAAAGGGAAAGCCUGGUAUUAUCCCUCUGGACAGAGUGUUUGAUUCAAGUAGUCUAGUGCCUUUGCCGAAUCAAAUGCUACUAUUUUAUAUGCACAUAUUAAAAGAAAAGCAAAGACCUGAGCCGAGGAGAGGAUGAAUUCAAGUUUCCUUACCUGCGUAUCUAUUAACAUGAGACCUCCCUAUUAUAGGUGGUCAUUUGGCUAAGUGUACUAACGGGCACAUGAAAGAACAGCAAAUUAUCAAGUGUCUCAGAAAAUGAAAAAACCAUAUUUUGACAAGUUUAUUUAAUCCAGUGUGGUAGAAAAGGCACAAUUCCAAUGUAUCAUUUAGAAUUGAAUGUCAUUAACCUGGCUUUGUUCUUUGGAAGAAACAACUUCUUUAAAGAGCUGCUUUGGCUCUAGAAAAAUUUCCAACAAUUAAAAUAAGAAAAAAUUUUAAAUUGUUUUUUUACAGUGAAAAUAUACAUACCUUUGUGUAUAGACAAGCCCACGCCCACUAAAAGUUAUCCUGUAACAUAAAUUUUAUUAAAUAAUACUCCCCCAAAAUGAGAGGCACACACCACCUGUGGACAAAAGGGAGUUACAGAGGCUGCUUAAAAGAUGGAGAAAAGCCUGAAAUUGAGGGAAGAAAAAACCCAGUAUUUACAUGGAAAAACUAAGUCUAUAAAAAAUACUCAAAAUAGUGGGUCUUCGAGUUUAAAAUACUCACUGUUAUUUUACAUUCUAAAGUGCAUAUAGGUUGAUAUUUUUUAAAAUAUCACCAGAGAAUUUAAUCUUUAUAAAAAUAGAGCAUUUUUCUGCUUUCUGGCAAAAGUUGGGGAUAAAAGGAAAAGUUGUCUUAAUGUAAAAGUCUCAAUCCCAUUCAGCAGGAAAAAAACGCUUGUGAAUUGUGCAGUAAAAGGUGGUCAUGACUACUGGAAGCCAAGUCAAAGGUGAUUUCCUGCCUGAGUUUACUUAAAUAAAAGUUACUUACCAUGGGAGUGAA